CUGCACACGCCUUUAGGAGAUGGAGCUGCUGUUAGGAAUAACUGUUCUCUACUUAUCCUUCCACUUUUCAUCAUCGGCCUUCACUCCUAACAAUUCCUACUUCCUCGCCUGCGGCUCCACCUCCAACAUUCCCCUCGCCACCGACUACCCCGCUCGCAACUUCACUCCCGACUCCGGCUACCUCACCUCCAACUCCAAAUCCAUCUCCCUCUCCAGACCCAACUCCUCCUCCAACUCCUACAAUCUCUACGCCACCGCCAGGGCCUUCACCCAGAGCUCCACCUACCGCUUCGACCUCGAGUCCCGGGGCACACAUGUCCUCCGUCUCCACUUCUUCUCGUUCACCGACCAAACCAAUGACCUCGCCACCGCACGCUUUAACGUGUUCGCCCUCGACCGCUUCCUCCUCCUCUCCGGCUUCUCCGUCCCAAACACCCAAACUCCCAUCAUCAAGGAGUACCUUCUGUGGGUGGACACCGGCGAGCUCGCCAUCACAUUCGUUCCCGAUUCCAAUUCCAGUGCAUCUUCUUUAGCCUUCGUCAAUGCGAUUGAAGUCUUCACGGCACCCCCCAACCUCAUCGACGACACCACAGAUCCCAGGCAAGUACCUCCCAGCCCGGGUAUCAGCCAAUUAGCCCACCAGGCACUGGAGACGGUCUACAGGAUCAACGUGGGAGGCCAAAAAGUGACCCCGGCCAAUGACACCCUUUGGAGGACCUGGGUUCCCGACGACGAGUACCUCCUCUCGGAAAAGGACCUUUCGCUGGAGAGAAGCACGAACCCCGAGAACAUCAAAUACACGGCGGGCGUAGAUCCUGAAAUCGCACCGGCGAGCGUCUAUGACACUGCCCGAACCAUGAACAUAACGAGCUCUAUGGUGAACUCCAACCCCAACUUCAACUUCAACAUAACCUGGAGCUUCCGAGUAGCUCCAGACUACAGUUAUUUGAUCCGGAUGCAUUUCUGUGAUUUUGUUUCGAAGACGUAUACUGAGCUCUUCUUCGACGUUUAUAUCGGCGACCAAUUUGCGUACCCAGAUCUCCGUCCAUCCGAUAUAGCAUAUAACCCCGCCCAACCUUUCUUUCUGGAUUUCAACUUGGAUGUUACAGCCCCGCAGCAGCUCAUCAAUGUUAGCAUUGGCCGUUCGAUCAAGAGCAGCCCGGCGACGGUUAAUGCUAUACUGAAUGGGCUGGAGAUCAUGAAGGUGAACAACACCUUUGGCAGCCUCAACGGAAGCUUCAACCCUGGCUCAGGCCCUAGCCAAACCAAGAAGAAUAAGAGUGUUCAUGUUGCCAUUCUGAUUUCAGCGAUUGUUGGUGGUGUUUUCCUCAUUGCAUUAGCGAUCACAGUCUUCGUGCUGGUAUGUAAGAGAUGCUGUUCAAAGAGUGUGACAAAGCCAGAGGAAACACCAGUUUUGUGGGCACCAUACAGGACCGACGGUGCCAAUUCUGUCGAGCUCUCGAGCAAGUAUACCGAAAGAACAGCACACAGGGCCUCGCCCAACUUCAAAAUGAGUCUCCAUAUCAGCUUUGUUGAGAUCAAAUUGGCGACCAACGACUUCGACGACGAUCUCGUGAUCGGCACAGGCGGGUUUGGGAAGGUCUACAGGGGAGUUCUGAGCGAUGGCACUAGAGUUGCGGUGAAGAGAGCAGCGCGAGGGUCGGCGCAAGGCUAUCCAGAGUUCCAGAGCGAGAUCACUCUGCUGUCAAAAAUUCGCCACCGUCAUCUUGUAUCACUCAUUGGUUACUGCGCCGAGCAGUCGGAAAUGAUCCUGGUCUAUGAGUACAUGGAGAAGGGGCCUCUCCGGAAUUACUUGUAUGGCUCCGACUUGCCAUGGCUUUCCUGGAAGCAGAGGCUGCAGAUAUGCAUUGGCGCCGCCAGGGGCCUCCACUACCUUCACACGGGCUACUCGCAGAACAUCAUACACCGUGAUAUCAAGUCCUCCAACAUUCUGCUUGGAGACAACCACUCGGCCAAAGUUUCGGACUUCGGGCUCUCGAGGUGGGGGCCUUCUUACGGGGAAACCCAUGUUUCCACUAAGGUCAAGGGCACCAUUGGAUAUCUAGAUCCUGAGUACUUUAAGAUCCUGAAACUCACCGACAAGUCUGAUGUUUACUCCUUCGGAAUGCUGCUCCUUGAGGUGCUGUGUGCGAGGCCAGUGAUCGACCAGACACUCUCAAGGGAACAGGUGAACCUGGGAGAGUGGGCUCUGCAUUGCAAGCGCAGAGGCCAGCUCGAGAAGGUCAUUGACCCGAGGAUUGUCGGGAAGAUCAAUGUGAAUUCUCUGAGUAAGUUUUGCGAGACAGCGGAGAAGUGCCUUGCAGAGUAUGGUGAGGAAAGGCCGACAAUGGCGGAUGUGCUAUGGAACUUGGAGUAUGUUCUCCAGCUUCAGGAAACAGAGCUGAAGAGGGAGCCUUAUGAGGACAGUGGCAAUGCGGAGGCGCAGUUCCCGGUGGCAGCAGUGGGCUGGGCAGCUUCAACCAGCGUAACAAAUGAUGUAGGGAGUUCAAUGGCAAGGAUGAGCGUGAACUACUCGGACGUGAGUGGAAGCAAGGUCUUCUCCCAGUUGUUUAUUGAUGAAGGUAGAUGAAUGGGACUGAUUUCCAAGGGCAAUUUAUUAGUUAUAAUGUUAUAAUGUAGAACAAUAUCAGUGAAAUUCUAUGAUUGUACGAAAGUAUCGAAUGUACAAUGUAUUGUAUCCCUUGUAUCUCCUAUCAGAUACUUCCAAAUGAUUUAAGAACUCGGUUGUGUUAAGUUUAGUUGGUCCUUGUAGAAUGGUUCUCCUGCAUUAUUACUCGUCUGAAUAAAAUUGCUGUUGAAAUUGAGAAUGAAA